AUGGAAAUCAACCAUGAAGUCAAUCAACCAAAUCCAGACAGCCCGAGGAACUCGAAGUCACCUGGCAAAAGACAGUUGCGACGGAACCUGAGCCAUGUUUCAAGUUGCUCAACCAGAAUGACACAGAAAAGUUUCGAAAAUUAUUGGUCUGUUGAGAACUUCUCCAUUCAACUGGAGCUUCAUCAGCAUGGAGAAUUCAUGUUAGCACCGAAGUUUGGUGACAGCGAAUACGAGUUCGUCAUGAAGCUGUUCCCAAACGGGAAAGAUGAGGAAACAACAGGAUAUUUAUCACUAUUUUUACUCAUCAACAAAUGCCCCAACCCACGCCUUCGUUUUCGUGUAAGUUUCACCGUGGAGACUGCAGACGGACCUAGAAGUUGUCAUCUCAAUAAAAACUUGGUAACUAUCAAUCGCAGUGGAAUCGUCACAGCCAGCAAAUUUUUCUCGUUAGAUAUUCUCAAGAGCGCCACCAGCAUUUACACACCAAGUGACAUUUUGACGAUAGGAUGUUCAUUGACUAUUUUCGGCGAGUCACUCACCUGGCCCACAAACGUGUUUAGUCCCUACUCAAGAAAGCAAAAUAGUUCAACGAAUUCCCGAUCCGGAUCAUACACCCCGGAUAGCUCCUCUAUCGAAAAAGCCGAGGAAAAGCCAAACGAAGACAGAUUCCCAAAGCUUCUUGAGUCUGGAGAGUUUUCAGACUUCACUGUCGUCGCAUCUUGUGGCCGCGAAUUCAAAACUCAUAUGUGCGUUCUCUCUUCUCGUUCAGAUUACUUCGAUGCGCUACUUCGCAAUAAAACCACCCGAGAAUACCUCGAAAAACGUGUCACGUUCGAAGACAUUUCUGCUACAACACUCGAUGUCAUUCUCCGUCAUAUCUACAUAACCAAUAAUGGAGGUACGAUCGAGGAACACCAACUUACACCAGAACUUGUUUCCGCAACUGACAGACUUAUGAUCUCUUCAAUGCGUACCCUAAUCAGUGAAGUCAUCAGCACGAAUUUGACAACCCAAAAUAUCGUUGGUCGUAUCACAAUGGCCGCUGAGCUCCGACUAGAAGAUGAAUAUGAAUCUCUUCUCGAAUUUUUUGCAAGGCACAAAAAAGAGGCAAUGGAAUCGAAACCCUGGGCCGAGAUGAAAAAAGAAAAACCAGAAAUGACCAUCAAAAUUCUUGAAGAUGCCCUUCUCCAUUUUGAGGAACCAUGCGGAGCUCUCGAUCGGCGAAUUAUUGAUCGAAUCACUCUAAACUGA